CCUGCACACAGUGUUGAUCAUCACACAUUGAUCUGUGCUUCAAACACUUAAACUGAGGACAGACAGAUCAGAAUGGGUGUACUUGUGAUUUUGUUGCUCACACUUUCUUCUGAGCUGUGCAUUGCAGAUUGGACAGAGAAUCUUGCUCUUGGCGGCAAAACUGUUCAGUCCUCCACAUACGAUUCAAGAGGAACUGCUCAACGUGCAGUAGAUGGAAACAGAAACUCUGAUUACCACCAGAGCUCAUGCACUCACACUCAAUUUGAGCUUAACCCAUGGUGGAGAGUGGACCUCAAAGAUGUCUACAGUGUCAGCAGGGUUAUCAUCACUAAUCGUGGAGACUGUUGCCAAGAGCGAAUUAUUGGAGCUGAGAUUCGUAUUGGCAACAGUCUGGAAAACAACGGAAACAACAAUGAACUGGUCUCCGUCAUUAAGUGCACUCCAUAUGAAGCCACACAAACGUUUGAGUUUAAGCCCACUAAAGGGCGAUAUGUCAACAUUGUUGUACCUGGGUCUCAAAAAGUCCUCACUCUGUGUGAAGUUGAGGUAUUUGCAGUAAAGGAGUGUUCUUGUUUUUCAAAGAAUCUCGCUGUUGGAGCUGAAGCUGUCCAGUCUUCCACACAUGACACAGGAGCUGCUCAAAAUGCUAUCGAUGGCAGUAGACUGUCAAAUCACUAUUUCGGGUCUUGCACUCAUACCACAUGGAGCAAAGACCCCUGGUGGAGACUUGACUUAAAGCAAGUGCAUCAGGUAACCAGUGUUAUCAUCACUAAUCGUGGAGACUGUUGUCCAGAGCAGCUAAAUGGUGCUCAGAUCCGUAUCGGCAACAGCCUGGAAAAUAAUGGCAACAAUAAUGAGCUGGCUGCCACCAUUAAACACAUUAAGGCUGGAGCCACAGAAACAUUUGAGUUUAAGCCUAUUAAAGGGCGAUAUGUCAACAUUUUUCUACCUGGGGAUGGGAAAAUCCUCACUCUGUGUGAAGUUGAGGUAUUUGCAGGGAAUCUCGCUCUUGGAGCUAAAGCUGUCCAGUCCUCCACAUACAAUCAUUUAGCAGGUGCUGAACAUGCUGUUGAUGGCAGUAAAGAAUCAAAUUUCUUGCUUGGGUCCUGCACUCACACUGCAGACAAUGAUCCCUGGUGGAGAGUUGACUUAAAGGAAGUGCGCAAGGUGACCAGGGUUAGCAUCACUAAUCGUGGAGACUGUUGUGAAGAGAGGAUUGGAGGUGCUCAGAUCCGUAUCGGCAACAGCCUGGAAAAUAAUGGCAACAAUAAUGAGCUAGCUGCCACCAUUAAACACAUUCCAGCUGGAGCUACAGAAACCUUUGUGUUUAAACCUAUUAGAGGGCGAUAUGUCAACAUUUUUCUGCCUGGGCAUGAGAAAUACCUCACUCUGUGUGAAGUCGAGGUGUUUGCAGAUUAAGUGCAACAAGAUGAAGUUACACCUCAGUCCACUGAUUCCAGAAGCAAAAAAAAAAAAAAACAGCUUAAGUGCACUGUUGCUUAAAGUGAAAAUCUUUAUUCAGUAUAUCUAGUAUUUCCUUUGCUGUGCCACUAAACAUGAUUUACAUGUUGUUAGAAUAACUGCUAUUCAUCAUACUUGCAAAAUAACUAAAAAUUAUCUUUGCUUUCUAUGCAAAUAAAGAAUCAUCAGAGCAUUA